AUGCCGUUCAACUUCUCCUUCUCCAGCUCUGCGACAUUUGUCUCCACCAGCUCCGUCAACGGGCGGACAAGCGGUCAGGCCUACCAGAGGCAGUCGUACGCGACCCCUCAGGGCUCGGGUGUCCGCACCACACACCAGAAACUCGGCGAGGCUCCUGUCACCAACACGAGGCUGUACGAUGCGCAAGGAAGGGAGCUCAUCGGCGAUGGCAGCGGCUACGAUCAAAAUCACGGAAACCAGGCAUACGCGCCUAGCAGAAGGAUCAUUAGUAUUGAGGAUGUGACGGAGGAAGAGGCUGAGAAGGCCGUUCGGCAAAAUGGGAAGCAGAACGGUCCAUAG